GUGCUAGACGGCUGGGACACCAAGGCGGUUCUGCGGCAAGCCACAGGUAUGAAGGCCCAGAACUUCCCCCGAGGGCACAGCUUCCAUUUCAAUUUGGGGCAAGAAUAAAAUCUGUUCAAGAAUAGUAGUUUGGGAACUUCCUGGUGGUUCAGAUUUCAAGCACAGCUUGUGCUUAAUCCUUACCCAGGCACCAAGGCUCAGAGUCAGCAGGAGUGAGUUUAGGAAUCUUCGGGACAAGCACUUUCCUGAGCAUUGGACCAGCGACCUCUUGGCUUCCAGGGAGGACACACAGCCAUCAUGGAACCCAAACCUCAGAAGAGUCCAGGCAAACAAUUUACAUUUUCUUAUGAAAAUGAAGUCUGCAAACAAGAUUACUUUAUUAAAUCACCACCUUCUCAGCUGUUCUUCUCUGUGGCCUCUUGGAAAAAGCGGUUUUUCAUCCUGUCAAGGACUGGGGAAAAGAGCUUUAGUCUUUCUUAUUAUAAAGACCAUCAUCACCGAGGUUCCAUUGAAAUUGAUCAAAAUUCCAGUGUAGAAGUUGGCAUAAGUAACCAGGAAAAGAUGCAAUCUGUGCAGAAGAUGUUUAAAUGCCACCCUGAUGAGGUCAUGUCCAUCAGAACCACUAACAGGGAAUACUUCCUCAUCGGCCAUGACAGGGAGAAGAUUAAAGACUGGGUCUCCUUCAUGUCAUCACUUCUCCGGGAUAUAAAAGCAACACAUCAGAACACAGAGGAGGAACUCUCAUUGGGUAAUAAAAGAACCCUCUUCUACCCCAGCCCUCUCUUUGGCCUUCCCAGCACAUCGGAGGCUGUUGGUUCCAGCUCACCAAGAAAUGGUCUCCAGGACAUGCAUUUAAUGGAAAAAAGUUCUCCAGGAUUUAGGCAAGCUCAUCUACAAGAUUUAUCAGAAACCACUCAAGAUGUGAAGGAAGAGAAUUAUUAUCUUACUCCUCGAAGUAUUCUUUUAGAGUUGGAUAAUGUCAUUGCUUCCAGUGAUUCUGGUGAAUCCAUUGAAACUGAUGGUCCAGACCAGGUCUCUGGAAGAAUCGAGUGUCAUUAUGAGCCAAUGGAAUCCUAUUUUUUCAAAGAGACAUCCCACGAGUCUGUGGAUAGCAGCAAAGAGGAACCCCAGACCCUUCCAGAGACCCAGGAUGGGGGCCUCCACCUGCAAGAACAAGGCUCAGGAAUUGAUUGGUGUCUUUCCCCUGCCGAUACGGAAGCGCAGACCACAAAUCACCAAAAGGGGUCGUCCUCACUAACUGUUGUGCAAUUGUCUAUAUUAAUCAAUAAUAUCCCUGAUGAAAGCCAAGUGGAGAAACUGAACAUUUUCCUUUCUCCUCCUGAUGUCAUCAACUAUCUUGCUCUCACAGAAGCCGCAGGACGGAUAUGUGUGUCUCAGUGGGAAGGCCCCCCACGUCUGGGAUGCAUAUUUUGCCAUGGAGAUCAUCUUUUGGCAGUGAAUGGCCUGAAGCCCCAGAGCCUGGACGAGGUCUCCUUGUUUCUCACCCGGUCCAUCCAGAAGGAGAAGUUAAAGCUUACCAUCGGCAGGAUCCCAAAUUCAGAGACAUUCCAUGCUGCAUGCUGUACGUGUCCCUCAAAAUGCCAAAGUGCUACACCUUCUCAGCUGGGUAAGCCUGGACUGCACAGGGCUCUCAAGAGGAGUCCGGCCAUUAAAAAGAGCCAGCAGAAAGGAGCCGGGCAGUAACGCACCCCAGACCCAUGGCAGCAGAACCAGGAUGGAGCCGGGACUGUCCAGCUCUGCCACCCGCUGCUGCCAUGUGAUAGGAGACAGUCGGCACGCCCCUCUGAAUUUCUGCAUCUGCAUCUUAACAAUGGGGAUGACUAUUCCCUCUCUGGUUAUUGCAUCAGAGACGUUAAGAGAGUCACAUGACAUGAUUGGAGGACCUGGGGGAAAUGGAAGGCCUUAUUAUCUCAGCUAUUGUCCCAAACACCACAGACACAGAUUGGGUCCAUCCCUCACGUAAUACAUGCUGUGUUCUGUGA